CAUUCUCUUCAUCCGCUCUCAUCUUUCUUCUCUCUUGUUCUGUUGUCGCCCAGCCGCCGCCGCCUUCUGGCCUUUGUUAUUGCCUUUCUGGGUUUGUUUUAAUCAUGGCGACUCGUCUCCAGUUUGAAAACAACUGUGAAAUUGGUGUCUUUUCCAAACUCACCAAUGCUUAUUGCUUGGUCGCAAUAGGAGGCUCCGAAAACUUCUACAGUGCUUUUGAGACGGAACUGGCAGAUGUUAUCCCUGUUGUUAAGACAUCAAUUGGUGGAACACGAAUUAUUGGGCGUCUUUGCGCUGGAAAUAAAAAGGGGCUUCUCGUCCCGCAUACCACUACCGACCAAGAGCUUCAGCACCUGAGGAACAGUCUGCCUGAUCAAGUUGUUGUUCAGCGAAUUGAGGAACGACUAUCUGCUCUUGGAAAUUGCAUUGCCUGCAAUGAUCAUGUCGCACUUGCGCACACUGAUCUUGACAGGGAAACUGAAGAGAUAAUAGCUGAUGUUCUUGGAGUAGAAGUUUUCCGGCAGACAAUCGCGGGCAACAUUCUUGUUGGCAGCUACUGUGUCUUCUCCAAUAGAGGUGGACUGGUUCAUCCUCACACCUCAGUGGAAGACCUGGAUGAACUCUCUACCCUUCUUCAGGUCCCUCUGGUUGCAGGGACUGUGAACCGUGGCAGCGAAGUGAUAGCAGCGGGUAUGACGGUGAAUGACUGGACCGCCUUUUGCGGGUCAGACACAACGGCCACUGAACUCUCUGUCAUUGACAGUAUCUUCAAGCUGAGGGAGGCUCAGCCCAGCUCUAUCGUCGACGAGAUGAGGAAAUCUUUGAUCGACACUUAUGUCUGAGUUUUGCUUUUCGUUCGGACACUCCCUGGUCUUGAGGAUUCAUGGUUAUUACAUAUACCCAAGUGCCAAUGUUUGAAAAGCCGCCAUUUUUCGUAAGUUCUGUAUUGUCUUGAGUAACCUCUCUGCUUCUGUUGCAAGAAUUGGCUCUUUUGUGUGGUUUUGCUGAAUAUUUUCCUA